UUAUAAAAACGCAAACUCCGAAUUGCAACCCAAGCUAUAGGCUUAGCUUAAUAAACGUUGAAACUGCGCCAUCUCCAUUGCUGUUCUCUCUUCUUGCUAUUAUAAUCCAAUUCAAGAAGUUCGUUCAACUUUUGUGCUCAACAAGUCUAACAUAACAGAUAUUCAAAUUGAGCAUAAUUGUGAUUCAAACUUUGGUCUUUCCCUGGAAUGAAUCCAUUGUUUGUCAAGAAAUUUGGAAGUGAUUUUUGCGGUUCUAUUUAAUGGGCUGCUACUGCUCAACUUCAAAGAAAACGGAAGCACAAGGUUAUGAGGAACCCACCAUUCUAUCAUCUGAGACACCUUGUGAGUAUCAUGAUCCAUCAUUGAAUGUUACUGUUAGUGAAGUAGAGGCCUUGCAUGAACUCUACAAGAAGUUGAGCAAUUCAAUUGUUGAAGAUGGUCUUAUUCACAAGGAAGAAUUCCAGCUGGCGCUAUUCAGGAAUAAAAACAAGAAAAAUCUGUUUGCAGAUAGGAUUUUUGACUUAUUUGAUCUCAAGCGCAAUGGGGUCAUUGAGUUCGGGGAAUUUGUUCGAUCAUUGGGUGUUUUUCACCCAAAUGCAGCUUUAGAAGACAAGAUUACUUUUGCUUUUAGGUUGUAUGAUCUGAGGCAGACAGGGUUUAUUGAACGAGAGGAGUUGAAGGAGAUGGUAUUGGCACUUUUGCAUGAAUCAGAUCUUGAGCUUUCGGAUGAUAUGAUUGAAACCAUUGUGGAUAAGACUUUUAGUGAUGCUGAUAUAAACGGUGAUGGAAGGAUCGAUCAAGAUGAGUGGAAAGAAUUUGUGUCCAAGCAUCCAUCCUUGAUAAAGAAUAUGACACUUCCAUAUUUGAAGGAUAUUACCUUGGCUUUUCCCAGUUUUGUUAUAAGAACAGAUAUUGAAGAGUCAGAGAUGUGACUUUGGGAGGUUUUGGCUUCACCAAUAAUGAUAUCUCUUUGAUUUCGUCUCUUGAUAUAUUGUUGCUACAUGUUAAGAGAUGACCUUACCUGCGGUGCCCAAGACAAGAAUAAAAUUUCGUUUAUGAUUCCUGGGCAAAACUUCUAAACCUGGUUUUGCAAAUGCUCAGCCACUUCUUUGUAGUAGCUGAACCUGUGCUGAUAGUGAUAUCUAAGGUUACGAAUUAUUCACAUGAACUUUUAAUUCCAGUGCAAGGUUAACUUGUACAUUAUAUAUGUAUAUAUGAGAGAUGUAAGUAGGGUAUAGUAACCCAUGUUACUCGGACAUUUUGCUGCUUGUGAGUUUGGAGGUAUUUUGAGAAUUUUGCCUUUGGAUAGUUGUUUGAAUAACUGUUAACAUGAUCCCUAUGUUAAUUUGGGCAUCUUUCCUCUGUGCUUAACUGCUUACAGCUUUAAUAUGCUGGAAGAUUAUUUUCAAUGCUUUCUCUUCACUUAGAAAUCUUUAUCCAGAGCUCCACAUUCCUGUGCCUCAUCGUUUCCGUUAUGUUUUCGUGAGAUUUAUGAUUGUUAAACAUGGAUUGAAUAUAGACAGCAAUGUUAGAGUUUCCAA